AUGCCGUCGAUAGCUACAGUAACUCAUCUUGAUAAAUUACCUAUGGAAUUAAUUCAUAAAAUUUUAAAUUAUCUUACAUAUCAUGAUAUAUAUCUUUCGCUUUAUAAUAUUAGUACAUAUAUGAAUACAAUAUUACAUACUUAUGAUAAAUAUCAAUUAGAUUUUCAAUCUAUAAGUAUGUCACAAUUUUAUAUUACAUUGAAUCAGAUUAAUCCUUGUCAAGUUAUCUCAUUGACACUUUCAAAUAUGGAUGAAACACCAGGUCAAUUUUCAUUAUUUCUUUCAUUAUUUUCUAUUCAACAAUUUUCUCGUCUUCAAUCACUUCAAUUAAGUCAACCAUUAGGUCCAAUUGAUUUAAACAAGAUCUUAAUUCAUUUACCUACAUUUGAUUCUCUUAAAUCAUUAGCAAUUAUUCAUUGUCAACCAUCAAGUAUUAAUAAAGAAACAUGUAUGCUACUUUCAUCAUUUAUUACUAAUUCAGUAUCACUUCGUCGAUUAUAUUUAUCUGGUAUAUUAAAUAAUAUAUUUGAAUAUAAUAUCAGUUCAUCAAUAGAUCAUCUUUAUUUUAAUGAUAAUAUAUGUAAUACUAUUUCAUUGGGAACUAUUGCAUCUCACAUGCCUCAUUUAAAAUCACUUGAAACAGCAAUUACAUUACAUAUGAAUUAUAAUCAUUUGCAAUCUCUUAUUCAUUUAACACGAUUAACUAUGACGAUAUUUAUUAAUAUGAAAAAUUCUGAUUUAAAAAUUUUAUUACAUAAAAUGCCAACACUGAUAUUUUUAAAAUUAAUCGCAAGUGGAAAACAAUGGUUUGAUGGACAAUUUUGGGAAGAAAAUUUACCAUUAAAUCUUCAAACAUUUCAAUUUAAUUUUUCUACUCAAUCUAUAGUUUUUAAUGAACAAAUGGUUUUAGAAACAUUUCAAACACCAUUUUGGCUUAAGCAAAAAUCUUGGUAUGUUAUGUUAGAUUAUCAAAUGAAUCCUUCAAUGAUACAUCUUUAUUCAUUACCCUAUUGUGAUACACAAUUCUAUUAUCGUCCAUCAAUGAAUCCAUCUCUUAAAUUUCGUUCUUCAAUAUCUAAUAAUGAAUCUUAUAUGAAUAAAGUAACAAGACUUACAAUUGAUUUAUCCACAUUAAUUACAGAGAAUAUUUUUUCAUUAUCAUCAGUUCAUUUUUUUUCAAAUAUUUCUACAUUAACUUUAGCUGAUAAUGAAUGUGAUUUAUCAGUUGAAUUUCUCUUAAAUUUUUUUCAAACAAGUAUUGAUCUUACACAUGUUACUGAAUUAAGAUUAGGACAAUUUCAUCAUCCAGAUUUUAUAAAUAUUCUAUACAAUCGUAUGCCACGAUUAAAAUCUCUUCGAAUAACUGAAAAAUUAUUUAGUAAAUUAGAAAUGCUUGAUUUUCAUAAUAUACAUUCAUUAACCAUAUGUGAUUGUUUAACAAAUAUCGAUCGAAUGUGUUUAAUGUUUCCUAAUAUAAAAUAUCUUUGUGUACGAUUAAUAAUAUUCGAACAUAUACGAAGACUUAUGGAAUUAUUAGAAAAAACUUUAAUUAACAUUACAUUUAGACAUAUAAAUCAAGAAUUACAAGAACAAAUUAUAAAAUGGUUACCAAAAUAUUGUGGUAAACAUCGUCAAUAUUCUUAUAGUAUUGAUCAACAUAUGGAUUUACAUAUUUGGUUAAGCGAUUUUUUUGAAGAUAAUUAG